AUGAUGACCACAAUGUCGUACAAUAUUGACAAUACGGGUCACUGUUAUAUUCCAGCGCCGGCACAGUUACCGUCCAGUGUUGGCCAGUCGGGACUCGGUUUGACGAUAGGCGGACCCAACAUGUCGUCGCCCGGCGGCGGUCUCAUGGACUAUGGCCACCACCCGGUCCAACACGAUCACCCGGACACCAAGGAGGGCAUCGAGGAGUUGUGUCCCGUUUGCGGCGACAAAGUCAGUGGCUAUCACUACGGGCUCCUGACGUGCGAGUCCUGUAAGGGCUUCUUCAAGCGAACCGUUCAGAACAAGAAAGUCUACACUUGUGUGGCCGACAGGAGCUGUCAUAUCGACAAAUCCCAGCGCAAGAGAUGUCCGUUUUGUAGAUUUCAGAAGUGCCUCGACGUCGGUAUGAAGUUAGAAGCCGUUCGUGCGGACCGUAUGAGAGGCGGUCGCAAUAAGUUUGGUCCGAUGUAUAAGCGCGACAGAGCGCGCAGAUUACAACUGCUGCGACAGAAACAGUUGUCUCGACCCCAAUGUCAGGCACCGGUCACUCUCAACCAUAACACCGGUGGCGGCACAGGAGGCGAAGUGGGCUCUCACUUCUUGGCAGCACUGCACGGCGUGCCCACCACUGCCCACAUCUACAGCGCCGAUGGUAUCAAACAGGAGUUGAUCCAAAUCCCACAGUUAUCGUCAUCGACAUCAUCGCCCGACUCGUCGCCCUCUCCCGGUCAGCAGCCAUUAGCCGCCUCUCAGGGCCAGCACUUCGUGACGGUGUCGGCCGGACCCCCACCGCCCGGACAGCCGAUGCCCACACAACAGCCACCGCACGCGCAAACGCCCGGCGCGCCCACAGCCACCACAAUACACUCGCCCGUCGGCGCACCGGACCUAAUGAAAUGGGUGACGGCCGGACCCGGUGCUACCAGCGCUGGCGGAGGCGCCGGUACGCCCACCGCUAUGUCGCCGAAAAAUGGGGCCCAUUUCCACUACGAGGGCGCCCCGUCCACUGCCACCGGGUCGCUGAGCGCCGGCGUGACGGCCAUCCAGUUGACGACGGGCGCCGUCGGUAAGAUACCGGCGCUCAUACGCGAGUUCCAGUUGUCGGCGCCCGACGACAAGGACUGGCAGUCGCAGCUCUUCGGCCUCCUCCAGAACCAGACGUACAACCAGUGCGAAGUCGACUUAUUCGAGCUCAUGUGCAAAGUGAUCGACCAGUCCCUCUUCGCACAGGUAGACUGGGCUCGCAAUAGCAUCUUCUUCAAGGAUCUUAAGUUUCUCUACUAUAAGCAUAUGGGCGGCAGUGCGCCCACACAGACCCUGCUUAUGGAGAUGCUUCACGCCAAGAAGAAAUAA